GCAUUAUCUUCUUAAAUCCUAACUCAACUUUUCUAAAUCUGAAAUCCCCUAUUCUUAGAAUCGCUUUUUUCACUUCAAUUUUUUUCUCCCAUUUUCAAAAUCUCCAUUUCACUGCCAAACAGAAGCUUUUUCACCAUCUUCUCGCUCUUCUCUGUUUUACCUUCCACUCUCAUUCUCAAUCCCCAUGACUUUACCCACAAAUUCACCUUCUUAAGAUAUCAAAGUUCUUUGCUUUUUCUCUUUUUGUUUCUGGGUUUCUCUCAACGCGAUGGCUAAAAAGGACGAGCCAGUUGAACGUUUAGAGGAGCGUAAUACCCCAGUUAUGGCGGAUAUGGCGAGCUCUGUUAAUGGAGCUUCUAACCCUUCUUGGUUUACGCCAUUGAGGCUGCUUAUCAUAUUUUGUGUCAUCCACCUGAUAAAUUAUAUGGAUAGAGGGGCAAUGGCAAGCAAUGGUGUGAAUGGGCACCGGACAACUUGCACAACUGAUGGUACAUGUACCUCUGGUUCCGGAAUACAGGGCCAAUUUAACUUGAGCAAUUUUGAGGAUGGAGUUCUAUCCUCUGCUUUUAUGGUUGGACUUCUUGUGGCUUGUCCAAUAUUUGCAUCAUUAGCAAAGAGGGCAAAUCCGUUUAGGCUUAUUGGUGUUGGAUUAUCUGUUUGGACUUUGGCAGUAGUUGGCUGUGGUUUUUCAUUUAAUUUCUGGUCUAUUGCUGUAUGUCGCAUGAUUGUUGGUGUUGGUGAGGCUUCAUUUAUAAGUCUUGCUGCACCAUUCAUUGAUGACAAUGCACCAGUUGAGAAGAAAACAGGUUGGCUUGGAAUAUUCUACAUGUGUAUACCAACUGGCUAUGCAAUUGGUUAUCUUUACGGUGGAUUUGUUGGUCAACAUUUAGGCUGGCGCUAUGCAUUUUGGGGGGAGGCAAUAUUGAUGGUUUCAUUUGCAGUUCUUGGUUUUGUUAUAAAACCCUUGCAAUUGAAGGGUUUUGCUCCUCAAGAGACAACUAAUGCACCAAUACCUGUAGAUACGACUGCCUCAUCAGUUAAAGAUGACUUGAAAACUAAAGUUGGAGUAUCUCCCAAGGAUUUCCAAGAGAAGAGUGCAGAAAAUUCUUCCAUUUCUGUCCUUAGCGAAGUAUUGCGAUUUGUGAAAGAUAUGAAAGCGCUUUUGGUCAAUAAGGUUUUUGUCGUCAAUGUUUUAGGUUAUGUGGCAUAUAACUUUGUCAUAGGAGCAUACUCAUAUUGGGGGCCCAAAGCUGGUUACAGUAUUUAUCAAAUGAAAAAUGCAGAUAUGAUAUUUGGAGGGGUUACAGUUGUAUCUGGAAUCUUUGGAACACUAGCAGGAGGUUAUAUUUUGGAUCGCAUGAGCAACACUAUCUCCAAUGCUUUUAAGCUUCUGUCUGCGGCAGUAUUUCUUGGAGCAGCAUUUUGCUUUGGUUCCUUUUGCUUCAAAAGCAUGUAUGGCUUCCUGGUUCUUUUCUCAAUUGGUGAACUACUAGUAUUUGCCAUACAGGGUCCGGUAAAUUUCGUAUGCCUACAUUGUGUGACGCCUAGUCUAAGGCCGCUUUCUAUGGCUAUUUCCACAGUUUCAAUCCACAUUUUUGGAGAUGUACCAUCCUCACCUCUUGUUGGAAUUCUCCAGGACCAUAUUAACGACUGGAGGAAGACUUCUCUCAUUCUUACAGCAUUUCUCUUCCCAGCUGCUAUUAUAUGGUUCAUAGGAAUAUUUCUUCACAGUGUAGAUAGAUUUGAUGAAGAUAAUGAGCAGCAAGUCACGCCGAAUAGAUCGAGUGCAGAACCUUCACUCGAAGCGGAGAAAGUACAACAAACAAACAAAGCUUCUGCUUAAGCUUAAGGUUCCAUAUUCCCAAAUCACCUUUUCUAGUAUGAUUUUAGUGCUUCUUUUUUGUAAAUAGACUAUUUUAGAUGAUCCAUAUUUUUUGAAUGUUUCUACACAAUUCUUUCAGCUAAUAAAAGGUGGAAGAGCCUUGCAUUUAGAAUAUCCUAACAUUCCAUUUGUUCAUGAUGAAAUUUUGGGUUGAAAGUAAAUAUAUGAUGGAUAAAAUGGGAUACUCUUA